AUGGUCGCGAUCCCCCAUCUCCCGAUGCACCUGCAGCCCCGGCGACGGCGUCUCCCCCUCAUCGUCAUCCUUAUAAUUUCCCUCGUCUUCGUUCUUGGAUUUCGGCUUUGCAGCGGUGCCGGCCGUCUUAGCGGUCCAUGGCGCAUCGCACCGCCAAGUUUGAGUCUGUCUGUACCCCCCCGCGGCCGCCGCAUCACCAAAGCCUCGAUGCUGUACGGGCCCAGGAACGCGAUCUACGAGCGCGCGCUGCAGAGCCACGCUCGCCACGCCGAGAGAUGGGGGUAUGGGAUGGAGGUCCUGCGGCACGAGAUCGCGGAAGGGUACUGGAAUAAACCGAGUUAUUUGCUCGCGCUGGUCAUUAGGGAGUUGGGGAGGGCUGUGGGCGAGAGGGUGGAGUGGUUUAUGUGGGUCGACGCCGACUCAAUCAUCAUCAACCCGCUGAUACCGCUGGAGCUCUUCCUCCCGCCGGACUCAUCGAGUCCCAGCUCGAGAGGCUCCUCAGGCCCGGGCCCAGGCCCACUCGACACAAUCCACCUCGUCGCAACAAAAGACCACAAGGGCCUGAACACAGGGAUAUUCUUCAUCCGCGUGCACGAGUGGAGCGUGCGCUUCCUGAUCGAAUCCCUCGCCUAUCCGACCUACAACCCCUCCACCGACCUCGGCGUGCAGGUCGACCAGAGCGCCAUGGAGCGGGUCCUGAACGGGUCGGCCUACCGCGGCAACGUGACGUACCUCCCGCGUCCCUGGAUCAACGCGUACGAGUGGAAGCAUGCGUUUGAAGGCCGGAAGGGCGAUAUGCUGGUGCAUUUCCCCGGCCUGGACGGCGAGCGUUGGGCGCAUAUGCGGCGGUGGCUGGAUGUUGUGGAGGUCGGGGGUGGGGGGUGGAGUGUGCCGGUUGAGCAGACGGGGUUUGGGGAUGGGGCGAGGGUGUUUUGGGAGAGGGUUGAGAGGGGGAGGAGGAUUGUUGAGCGGUUUGGGAGGGGGAGUGGGAGUGGGACGGGGGAGGGGAGGAAGACGGGGAAGAAAGGGAAGGAGAGGGAGAUGGAGAUGGAGAUGGCGGUGGAGGAGCUGAAGCACGUGUUGUAUGAACAGCCGUAUCAGGGCGAGCUCCUGCAGCAGCGGAUUGAGGCGUGGAGGAGGAUCUCUGCGUCGUAG